GAAAUGAAAAUGAAAAUGGAAAGAAAAAACAUUAAACUUUCAUUUAUAACACGAUAUAAUAUCGCCAAGUCUAACUGCGAUUUUGCUUUACUUAUGCAUCGCAGAGUAAAAUAAUUUUCCUUUCUAGAGCGUUAAACGUUACACAACAAAGCUUUUUGUAUAUCUUUCACUUUUUUGGGUUGUAAAUAGCGGAACAAAAGUUUUUUGAAUAAAAGCCAAGGCCAUAACGAAUAAGACCGCAGUACACCGUCUCUGGCCUUUGAAGCCACAUAAACAUAAUAUAUCAUAAUAUAUAUAUAUAUUUUAUAAAUUGUUUAAUACAAAACACACAAUGGAUAAGUUUAGAGUAAGUAAAAUAUUCAAUAUCUACAAAAUUGUUUAAAAAGAGAGAGACACGGAGAAGCUGUUGCUUUCAAUUUCAAAACAGAUGUUACCAGCUACCUUGAUAAGUUUGGCAUACUUUUUAACGAUAAGCGCAGCCUCGCAUGUUAGCACCGAGGAUUUAACCAUAUCGGAUGGCCAUCAAUCCUUAUCCGGUCACCAUCAGCCGUUGGAAACAUAUUCGGAAGUUUCAAAACCUGUGCCAGUGCAAGUCAUUGAGAAAAUUCCUUUACCCAUUCCGCAUCCAGUGCCUGUUAAAGUGCCCAAUGUCAUACGUUUACAAAUUCCUGAACCUUAUGCCGUCCAUGUGCCAGUCCAGCAGGAGAUACAAGUACCGACCUAUCGUAUUGUGCCAGAAAUAACUGAGAAACGUAUACCGUAUACCGUUGAGAAACCAUAUCCGGUAGAGGUGGAGAAACCCUACCCGGUCGAGGUGGUAAAACAAAUUAAGAUUGUCGUACCCAAACCGUAUCCUGUACCAUAUCCGAUCUAUAAGCAUGUCGUGCAGAAAGAACACGGUGGAGGCUGGUAAAUUUGUGAUCGAAAGUGUAGAAAAAGUAGAUAGCGUGAUAAAUAGUAGAUUUAUUAUGCAACUAUCA